UGUUUACCCGCCGCCAAACACCAACGAAGAAGAAGGAGCACCCUGCAGUCAGUUAACGCUAGCUUCUCACAACUAGCUCGACUUUCUGCAUUUCUCUUCGCUAAAAACAGCGUUUUCACUCGUGGGCUUUUUUUUGUUUCCUGUAUUUAUCAGCGACUGCGUGAUUUUUACUUGACAGAAUUAAUUUAAGGAAACGCCCCGAGCGUUUCUCCUCCCAUCAUGUCUCACAACUACCCGUACAGACAACCGCCGUCUGACUCCGAUCUCAGACCUGAUCCCGGACCUUACAGCUCCUCAGACCGCCGUCACGCCUCGUCGGACCACGCCUUUUACAGGGCGCCUCAGGAGUCCUCCUCGUGCUACCCGUCCUCUUCCUCCUCCAGAGGAGCUCAGUGGUCGCAGGACGGCGCGCUCAACAUCCUGAACAGCUGCGGUCUGGAGCCCGGCGACCUGGCUCUGCUGGCCGAGCUGCCUGAAGACGUCCUCACCGUCGAGUCCCUGCCUCAUGUCCUCAACCAGAUCAAAGGAAAGAGGGGGACCAUCAAACCUUUCCCUCCCAACGCUCUGUCUUCUUCCGCUUCCUCCUCUUAUACCCCCAGCUCCGCCCGUCGACCCGCUGUCGGCCCCUCCACCAGCGACUGGGAUCAUCACCGCAGUCAGCCAGUACCCGGUUACCUGGUCCAGUACCCGCUGGACAAGGUAACCCCCAGUCCUCUUCCAUUUGAGCAGGACCUGGACCGCUGGGGAAAUCCCAGGACCAACAGCGCUGUCAGAGCAGACCCACCAUCUUCAUCUUCAUCCAGCUACAUGGUGGACUUCAACCACAGACCGGGACCCUCUGAGUAUGGUAAGACAGGCAGAGAGGCUGGUCGAGUUUCCUCUCAGGACUUAAACCACAGACCAGGACCCUCUCAGUAUGGUAAGACAGGCAGAGAGGCUGGUCGAGUUUCCUCCCAGGACCUCAACCACAGACCAGGACCCUCUGAGUAUGGUAAGACAGGCAGACAUGCCGGUCCUGUUCCCUCUCAGGACCGACCCUCUUUCAGCUCGGCAGAAAGAGGCAAAGACAGUCGUUCUUGCCGUUUCUCUCAGCCUGGACCGGCUGAUCCCAGGUCAGCUCCUCCUCCUGAAGAGCACCAUCCGAAAACUCGUGGGGGACGCCGUGAGUCUGAGACCUCCUCUAUCAGGAGCAGCAGCCGGCCCGCCGCCUCGAUGCCCUCCAAGAAAGAAGCUAAGGACUUCCACGGGACGUCUCCGCCGGUGUUCCCGUACUCAUGCUCCCUGUGUGAUAUCACUGUGAUGUCAGAGAAGGUGUGGAUUAAACACAUAAACGGCACUCAGCAUGCAGACGGACAGCUCAACCUGCUGCAGCGGUUUCCUAACUGGGACUGUCGCUUGGAGACGAUCAGCAGGGCCGACAGCCAAUCAGAGAAGUGGAAGGAUGAAGGAAAACCUGGCCGGCAGCCCCAGACAGCCAAUCAGAACUCCAAGUCACAGUCAAAUAAAAAAACUCAGAAGAAGGCUUCAGAGAAAGGUAAAGUGGUGUGUGUGAAGUUUCCAGCUCAGUCUGUGGAUGAGACGUACCUGAGAAAACUGAUCGAACCGUUCGGAAAGAUCGUCAAGAUCCUCAUGUUUCCAUCUUUAGCGUUUGUGGAGCUGGGCUCCGUGGAUCAGGCGAAGGACUUGGUGAAGUUCCACGUUAACUAUCCUCCAACUGUGAACGGAGAGCAGAUGGAGUUCAGGAUCUCCAACACUUUCAGCUUCCUCCAGAGUUCUCGGGUGGUGAGUUUCUCUCCGGCUCCAACGGGAGAGAACGGCCAAUCGGAUCUGUUCAGCAUCAUCAAACGCUUCGGCCCGCCGCUCUACACCCUGUUCCUGCCGUCUAUGGCGUUCGUAGAGAUGAAAAAUACUCCUGAUGCUCAGAAGCUGGUGGAUUAUUAUUCCUCCAACACUCUGAGGAUCAACAGCGACUUCAUCAGAGUUUCCUUCUCUGGAGAAUACAAGAGCCUCAUGCGGGUCGCUUCAGCUAAGAGGUACGAAGAGGAGAGCUGUUCGACGAAGAGGACGAGGAGUUCGAGCCGAGACAAAGAAGACAAGGCGACGGAGACGAAGAGGAGGAAGAGCAGUAAAGACAGAGAGAAGGAGGAGGAGGGAGAGAAAUCCAGCAGAGACAGGAGAACCAGAACCAGGUCCAGGUCCAGAGAAAAGUCCACUAAAGAGAAAACUGCCAGGUCCAGGUCCAGAGAAAAGUCCACUAAAGAGAAAACAACCAGGUCCAGUUCCAGAGAAAAGUCCACUAAAGAGAAAACAACCAGGUCCAGGUCCAGAGAAAAGUCCACUAAAGAGAAAACUGCCAGGUCCAGGUCCAGAGAUAUAUCCAGCAAAGACAGGAGGGCCAGAACCAGGUCUAAGUCCAGAGAAAAAUCUAGAGAAAAGUCCAGCAGACAGAAGAGGUCCAGGUCCAGAGAUAAAUCCAGCAGAGACGGGAGGGCCAGAACCAGGUCCAGGUCCAGAGAAAAGUCGGUGGUACCAGAGAAAACGGAGACGACUGACACGGAGUCCAGGACUGAUCCUGAUCCAGCUCCUGCCGGAGACUCCAGACCUCAAGCUGAAGAGAAAGAACAGACCGAGGAGGAAGCAGAGUCGUCCGCAGAGGAGAGCGACAUCGAGGGGAUGGAGGUGAUCGGAGAGGAUGGAGAGAACGUGGAGGAUGCUGAUGUAGAGGAGGAGAAGGAGGAGGAAGACAGCUGUCCUGCAGAGAGAACAGACUCACCUGAAGAAGGUAAAGAGGAGGAGGUGAAGGACGGAGAGGCUGAUGAUCAGGAGCAGCAGGAGGAGAGAGGAACGGAGAGGGAGGAAGAGCCUGAGGAGGAGGAGGAGGAGGAGGAGGAGUCCAACAGAGAAGCAGAGGAGACGUCAGAGACUCAGCUGGAGGACGACGAGGAGGGACCAGAUUUCCCAGUAGACCUGGAGAACUGCAUCACUCUGGAUGAACUGGGAGAAGACCAGUCUGAUGACCAAGAUGAAGUCAGAGAUGAACGCCAGCGUCCGUCCACCCGAGUGGUUUACUUCAGAAACCUCCCGCUGCAUUUCUACACCGACACUGAGUUCAUCAACCUGGUGAAGGAUUGUGGGACGGCGGUGCGCUACUUCAGGGUCCACCGCCGCCGAGAGGGUUUCAUCGAGAUGUCGACGUCUUCGGAGGCUCUGAGAGCCGUUAAAGAGCUGACCCGUAAACCUGUCGCCUUCAGCGCCUCCAAACUCCUCGUCCAGAUCUCCAACAAGUACAGCAGGCUCGCCAACGGGUGGGCGGUUCAGUCGGCCAAGGGCGAGGAGAAGAGGAGCGAGAGACGAAACAGGGACGAGCCCAACAGGAAGUCUGAGGGGAGGAAGGAGUCCGCGUCUAAAAAGACUCCAGAAAAGGAGUCCGCGUCCAGAAACUCUCCAGAGAAGAAGUCAUCAGCAAAAAAGACUCCAGAAAUGCAAUCAGCUGCCAAAAACACGUCGGAGAAGACUUCCGGAACAACGCCAGAGAGGGAGUCGGCCAAUAAAAAGGCUGCAGAGAAAGAGUCGGCCAAUAAAAAGGCUCCAGAGAAAGAGUCGGCCAAUCAAAAGGCUCCAGAGAAAGAGUCGGCCAGUAAAAAGGCACCAGAGAAAGAGUCGGCCAAUAAAAAGGCUGCAGAGAAAGAGUCGACCAGUAAAAAGGCUGCAGAGAAAGAGUCGGCCAGUAAAAAGGCUGCAGAGAAAGAGUCGGCCAGUAAAAAGGCACCAGAGAAAGAGUCGGCCAGUAAAAAGGCUGCAGAGAAAGAGUCGGCCAGUAAAAAGGCUCCAGAGAAAGAGUCGGCCAGUAAAAAGGCACCAGAGAAAGAGUCGGCCAGUAAAAAGGCACCAGAGAAAGAGUCGACCAGUAAAAAGGCUGCAGACAAAGAGUCGACCAAUAAAAAGGCUGCAGAGAAAGAGUCGACCAAUAAAAAGGCUGCAGAGAAAGAGUCGGCCGAGACGGAGCCGGUGCCUGAAACAAGUCAAGACAACAAGACGUUAAAAAGAAAAGGGACUGAUGAGAACGACUCGGCGCCUGAAAAGAAAGACAGGAAGAAGAAGGAGUCGGCGAGCGACGAGGCCCAAAGACAACAGGAGGCCGCUGAAGCUCCAGAAGAAGAAAAGUUAGAGGUACACGAGAAGGAGACGUCUGAACCAGGACUGAAGGAUUCUGGGAAGAGUCCAGAUCAACCAGACUCUACUGGAGAUUCUCCAAAACCACAAACUGAACAGAAACCUGAUGACCGACUGCAGGACUCGGAGGCGCAGGGGGAGCAGCUGUGUGGACCUGCGGGGGGCGCUGCAGAGCCGCAGGACCCCACCAAACCUGUUGGAACCGAGUUUGUUCGACCGGUCGUCGGUUAUUUCUGUAACUUGUGUCAGCUGAUCUACGCUGACGAGGACGAAGCCAAACUGCAGCACUGCAGCAGCCUGACGCACUACAGGAAGUACCAGGAGAAGACGGGGAAAGACCCGUGGGCGAGCUGAAACACCCAGAGACUGAUUCAUUUAGCGUUAAGUCCUCCUCCUUCAGAGCUGAGGUCUGUUUCAUUUUGUCUGGAUUCAGUGUUUUGCUCGAGGACACUUCAGCAGGUCGACGGUUUGAAACCCGACUUCACGUUGUGGAAACAUCUGGAGCCGCUUCGUCUUGAAAUCAAACUGAAAACGUUUACGAAAGUAAACUAAAGCUGCUAUUUGUAGUUUCAGGACGUCGAGUUUUGUUUGUUUUUAUGGAGAAACAGUUCGAGAAUUCACUCAAAGAAACAAGUCGGGUUUCAGGAAACUGGUUUAUUUUAUAAAACAUCAACAGUUCAACAUUCAAAGUUGCUUCUCUCGGAGGAUAAAAAGAGGCUGAAAGGAAAAGUUUGACAUUUUAGUAAAUUCAUGUAUUUUCUUUGAAAGUUCCUGGCCAAAUCCUCUAAACUAUAAUCUCACUGAUGAUCGCGUUACUUUAAUUCAGACAAACAACAGCGUAUCCAUCCGCUAAGUGCCAGGAAGUCACUGGGCGGAUGGAUACGCUGUCAUGAACUAGUCCCAGGACUUCAGCUUGACUCAAUCCCCAAACUGUUUCACGUAAAAACUACAAACCAGAUAAAACAAAACGUGUUCAGCAGUGAGAUUUAGUGCACAGAGCCACGCUAGCUGUUCCCCCCCGUCUCCAGUAUUUAUGCUAAGCUAACAAGAGUAGUUCCCAAAACGUUUACGAUUCCUUUAAUCCAACACUCGCAUGUCCAUGUCAGGAGUAUUUGUUGUGAUCGUUACUGCUUUUAAUAACUUCAGCUGUAUUUCCUGCUGCUGCGUCGCUUCAAGCUAUUUAUUAUGUUCAUUGAUUAUUCUGUUCGUUAAUUUCCUGAUGGUUUGGUUUAUAAAAUGGUG